AGAUUGACAUGGCCGCUCGCAGCAGGGCGACCGGACUCUUCAGGACCGUCCUGAGCACAUGCGGGGCUCCGGGACCGGGACGCGCUCCGGCCCGGCGCGGCAGGUGUCUCUCCUACCAGCCUGCUCGUCCCUCGGGGACCUGGAGCACCGAGCUGUCCCGGCUCUCCCAGCGCGACCUGUACCAGCUGUCCGUCAGGGACCCGGAUCGGUUCUGGGGGUCCGCCGCCGGCUCCCGGCUGCGCUGGAUAGAACCGUUCCGGCGGGUCCGGGACUGCGACCUGACCAGCGGGAGGAUCAGCUGGUUCCUGGGAGGAAAGCUCAACGUGUCCGUGAACUGUCUGGACGUCCACGUAGAAAAACAUCCGGACCGAGUGGCUCUGAUCUGGGAGCGAGAUGAACCCGGCACCGAGCAGAAGGUCACCUACAGGGAGCUGCUGGAGAUGACUUGCCGCCUUGCCAACGUUCUGAAGAGCCAUGGGAUCGACAAAGGUGACCGGGUGGCCAUAUACAUGCCUGUAUCACCGUUGGCGGUGGCAGCCAUGUUGGCGUGCGCCCGUAUCGGUGCGGUGCACACUGUGGUGUUCGCCGGCUUCAGCUCAGAGGCUCUGGCAGGAAGGAUCCAGGACGCUGGCUGUAAAGCCGUAAUCACCUGCAAUCAAGGUGUGAGAGGAGGCCGAGUCAUCGAGCUCAAAGCCACGGUGGACGCUGCAGUGAGGACCUGUCCCACCGUCCAACACGUCUUCGUCUGUCAGAGGACUGAAACGCCGGCAGCGAUGGGAGAGCUGGAUGUGGCGCUGGAGGAGGCGAUGUCCUCUCAGCCUGCCGUGUGCCCCGCGGAGCCUCUGGACAGCGAGGACCUCCUUUUUCUGCUCUACACGUCGGGCAGCACGGGGAAACCGAAAGGUGUCGUCCACACGCAGGCGGGAUACCUGCUGUACGCCUCCAUCACACACCAGUACGUGUUUGAUUACCGGGACAGCGAUGUGUUCGGCUGCAUGGCGGACAUCGGCUGGAUAACGGGACACAGCUACGUGGUGUACGGCCCGCUGUGCAACGGUGCCACCACAGUCCUGUUUGAGAGCACACCUGUUUAUCCAAACCCAGGCAGGUACUGGGAGACUGUCGAGCGUCUGAGGAUCAGCCAGUUUUACGGCGCUCCGACGGCUCUGCGGCUGCUGCUGAAGUACGACGAGAGCUGGGUGAAAAAGUACGACCGCUCGUCUCUGAGGACGCUCGGAUCAGUGGGAGAGCCCAUUAACCACGAGGCCUGGCACUGGUUCCACAGUGUCGUGGGAGAGGGGCGGUGCCCUUUAGUGGACACCUGGUGGCAGACAGAGACCGGCGGAGUCUGCAUCGCCCCCCGACCUGCAGAUGAAGGAGCGCCCAUCAUUCCAGCGAUGGCCAUGAGGCCGUUUUUUGGCAUCCAGCCGGUGCUCAUGGGAGAGAAGGGUGAGCCUCUGUCGGGUAACUCUGUCACCGGAGCGCUGUGCAUUGGUCAGCCGUGGCCGGGGAUGGCUCGCAGCAUCUACGGAGACCACCAGAGAUUCAUUGAUGCGUAUUUCAAGCCGUAUCCCGGGUUUUACUUCAGCGGUGAUGGAGCGUACCGCUCACAGGACGGUUACUACCAGAUAACGGGCCGCAUGGAUGAUGUCAUCAACGUGAGCGGUCACCGCCUCGGUACAGCUGAGAUCGAGGACGCCCUGGACGAACAUCCAGCUGUUCCUGAAACAGCUGUGAUAGGAAUCCCACAUGACAUCAAAGGAGAAGUGCCGUUUGCCUUUGUGGUUUUGAAGGAAGACCUCAGCGAUGACGCCGUCCUGCAGCAGCUCAGAGAGCUCGUCGCCACCAAGAUUGCCAAAUACGCCGUCCCCGAACACUUCCUGGUGGUGAAGCGGCUGCCAAAGACUCGCUCAGGUAAAAUCAUGAGGCGGAUUCUGAGGAAGGUCGCUAUGGAAAUGACCGAGGACCUCGGCGAUGUGUCGACUCUGGAUGACCCUUCUGUUGUUAAGGAGAUCAUGGAGGCCCACGAGGAGUACAGGAAGCAGAGAGAGGAGGAGGAGAAGAAUUAGGGAGGUGGGCGGGUCAUCGGGUUCAGGUGAAGGCUCAGUUCCAAUCAGGAGCAGCGUGUCAGACACGGCCACUGCUGAUUGGAUAAAGAGGAGACAGCGUCUCAUUAAUGAUCCACAGAGUCGCACACCCGAGGACUGAUUUCUCUUUACUAAUGUCUCCGCCUCCCUCACCUGUGCUGACAGCAGGUUCCACAUUUGUGGCUCACAUUUUUAAUUAAUUUUUCUCAGUAACACAGUCAGACCUGCAGGCCACCAUAGAAGGAAAUCAGUCAGUUAAAUUUAAAUUUUAAAGUGAAACCUCAGAAUUUGAUUUCUUCUUGGUGCCUUCUUCACAUAAUCUAUUAAAUUCACAACAUUUAGAGUCUGAAAUCACUGAGUUUUAUCUAUGAUGUAAAAACAGAAAUAAAUUAAC